AGCUGCUUCCGGGAGGAAGCAGGAAGUGCGGCGGCGUUGCCAUGGCGACCGCGGGGCAGGCGCUGGCGCUGGCGCUGGUGGCCGCGCUCUGGGGUGGCACGGGCCCGUUCCUCAGGGCGGCCGCGGCGGGCGUGGAGGAGCUGCGGGGCCGGGGCCGCCUGCGGCAGCUGCUGCGAGAGCUGCGCUUCCUGUGCCGCAACCGGCAGGUGAGAGACCCACAGGUGACAGCUGUGCAGGGACAGAGGGACACUGAAACGACAAACAGCGGCCGUGGCGGGCUCGGGGAGGAGGUGAUGGUGUACAAAUCCCAUGUUAGUUCACUCGUUUGUGGACUGUCCUGUCUGAAUCUGAAGGUGGCAGCAACAAGAGCCAGGACCCCGAGAGUUCAAAUGAGCUUUGUGUUUCACACACCCUUCCCGGGGGUCCUUGCUGAGACUCCAGCAUCCACAGUCCCAUCCUCAGCGGGUUAUUCCUGCAGCAUUCCCCCCUCUCCUCCGUCCUGGCGAACCCCCCGGCCCUGGGGUGGCACUGACAAAACCACAGAAUGCUCAAAAACAAACAAAGAAAGAGCUCAGGGGUUUCUGCAGCACUGCCAGCUCCCCGAGGAAAGGGAAGAGCAAUGCUGGGCUGUCGGGGGUGCUCAGGGGAGGAUUCAGCCCUGCCAGAGGGAAAAGCACCAACCUGGGCUGGAAUUUGCCAAUCCUGGUGGAGGUGGUGGUCACAUCCAUGGCCUCCUGCCCUCCUCCCAGCACCACCUGCAGGGACAAGAAGCAGAGAAAGCAGAGCCCUUGGGUGCUGCCCUCUGGGAUUCAGGGAAUGCUGGGCUCACUGAGCUGGGAAAGACUCCAGGAUCAGCCCAGCAUUGAACCUGGAACCAGCUCAGAGCAGGUGCCAGGGUGGC